AGUUUAUGCUUACGGUUCAUGUAUAUUGCGCCUUCAACCACGUGGUGAGAUUAUUAGGGAGAUUAUUGCAUAUUUUGGUUGAAAUACCGCCUGUCAUGUCUGCAGUAUUUACAGUUCAUUCACUGCACCAUUUUUUCUAAGUGCAUACGUAAAUCGCCUAUUCUUGGGGCAGAGAUAAUAUAUAUAAAGUGAAUGAGAGACAUCAGUGGUUAAUUAUGGCAAAUAUCAGAGUAAUUGUUCAGUAUGCUGUUCCGGUAGUGACAGGAAUCUUGGGAUUGUUAUGGCUGUUUGGAAGAAAAAAGGACAAAAAGAGAAGCAUAAAAGAACCACCAUCACAGAAAGAUUCUAGUAAAGAAAUAUCUUCAAACAAGCAGUUGCCCACAGAACAGAAAAUUGACAAACCUCCAGAUAUAAAUUGUAAGCAACCAGUAAUACCAACAGCAACAAAGCUUUGUGAAAGUCCAAGCAAAAUUUCGAAAAAGGAUGACCAGACCCAUUCUGUUUCUGAAAAGAACAAAAUCAUGUCACAAAGCAGUCCAGUCAUCGAAGAGCAGAUAUCUCAUGUCGUCAGUACAAGUUCCCUGAAAUCUAGCGUUAUUCCGGAAAGAAAUAUUAAUGUUAGCCAAGAAAAUGCUAUCUCGGAAAAAUCAAAUAAUUCUAAAUCUGCCAGUAGAAAUCAUACCGGCAGUAACUUAUCUCCCUGUAAUUCAAUGACAGAACAAAGAACGGACAGUUCUAAUAAAUCGACAGUAGCAGACACUGUUACAAAAACUUCAAAAAAGUUAGUUGAGCCUAGUUCUGAUACCAAAAAUGGUAACUCUUUGGACAAAGUAAAAUCAGAGUUAACAUCAAGUGAAAUUUCUAAUCAUGAAAAACAAACAUCUACACUAAGUGCUAAUGUUUCCACAGACAGUAUCAAAUUGAUUAAGGACUCACCACUUGAAUCAUUGUCUCAAAGGCUAGACAGUGAAAAUAAAAACAUUGAAUCUACUGAGAAAUCUACCAAAUUGAGUAGUUUGUCAGAGAAAGCAGUCAAGGUAGUUGAGGUCAAUGAGGAAUUGACGGUUGAGGAAUCGUCAUCCACGCAAACUCAAGUCAGUAAUAAUGAAUCGGUGCCAAUUGUUGACGUUGAGGACGCAGCAAAAAGCAAUGAACAUCAAGACACUAGUCCUCCAAAUUCCGAUUCACCUGGUUGUGAUAGCAAUAGUGAGGCUUCAAAUGACAGUGGACGAGGUGGGAGUGUGACAGAGAAUUUGUCAUCGAUGUGUUCACCAGAAAUAGUUCGUUAUGAGUUUAAUUUUCCGUCUGAAUUAUGCGGUCGUUUGAUUGGUCGUCAAGGAAAGAAUAUCAAUGCUAUUAAAGAACAAGCCGCCGCAAGUGUAUCAUUACAGAAUAAUCCAUUUACUCCAGAAUUUCAGAUCUGUAUUGUAGAAGGUACACAGACGGAAGUUGAGAAAGCAUUGUCUUUAAUACGUCAGAAAUUUCCCCGUUCUCAAUUCUCUCAGCUUGACAUGAGUCCUAUCAACCAACCAGCACCACCCAAACCAGCUCCACAUGUUCUUAUGCCAAAUAUCAUGCAGUUAAGUUUACCAGAAGGUGUAUCUGUUGAUGUGGUUGUGUCUAGUAUUGUUGAUGCUGGUCAUGUUUUUGUUCAACAACCAACUCAUCCUUCAUUUCCCUCCCUAGAGAGACUAGACCAGUGUAUGGCUGUAUGUUAUAGCCAGAACAAGAUGGUUCCACCUCUUCCACGACCCAUAGAAGUGGGUGUUAUUUGUGUAGCACCUAUGAUGGAUGGUUGGUAUAGAGCACAGAUAGUACAGGUUUAUGAAGAUACAAAUGAAUGUGAUAUAAAGUUUGUUGAUUAUGGGGGUUAUGAACGUCUUUCUAUGCCUCUCCUUAAACAAAUCAGAAGUGACUUUAUGACGUUACCUUUCCAAGCUGUAGAAUGCUAUGUUGCUAAUAUUACUCCUCUUCAAGGUGAGGAUUUUUUCAGUGAUAAAGCUGGGUCUGUGUUGGAAGAAUUAACUCAAGGGAAAUUAUUACAGGCUCAGGUGAUAAAUAGAGCAGAAGAUGGAAUACCAUACAUACAUAUUUAUCAGAUCAGUGGAGACAGGGUGUUAUUUGUAAAUAGAGAACUUGUAAAUAGAAAAGUAACAAGAGGAAUAGAGAUCAUACAAUAACCUCAACUAUCUAUUCAACAUAAAUACAAACACAGCCAUUGUACUAUCUAAGUCAGUCCUCAGACCCUCUUCCUACAACAAUCUUUAGAAAACACUUCCAGUUUUGAACAAAAAAGAAACCGUCAUGAGAUAUUUUUCGAAAAAUGCAAAUCAUGCAUCGUUACUUUAAAUGUGGCAUUGUUUAUAUCGUUUGUAGAUAAUGGCCAAAGAUUUAAAUUUCACAAUAAUGUAGUUUGCAAAGGAUUCAAAAUGCCUGACAUGGUGAUCAGCAACUUUAUCUUUAGAUACAUCAUAUCAACAGGCUUGUGUUGUAGGGACUAUGUCACACCUUUUAAUGAAUACUCCUUAGAUUCUUAGUCUUUGGAUUCUUAGUCUUUGAGGGGGGUUGGAUGGCUGAAUGGUUAGCACGUGCAUGCUGUAUCAUAAAGCCUGUCAUUGAGUCAACUGGCGUGGUUUCGAAUCCCUGGUUGUACGUGACAAGGAGUAGGGUCACCUGUCCAACCUUGUGGGUUUUCUCUGGGUCCUCCGGUUUCCUCCCACUGCUAAAGACCCCUAUGCGCAAGCGAAUUAUUGAAAUAAAAUUAAACCAUAUGUUAGUCCCAAAAUGACCUAGUUUGUGUCGAGUGGACGUUAAACCCCAUUUCUCUCUUUCUCUCUCUUAGUCUUUGGACAAACAUUGUGGAAAUUCUACCAUUAAAUUUUCUGUAUGAUAUGUAUUUUGAAGUAAAAAAUAAAAACAUGACAGUAGCUUCAGGGUUUUUCUAGGAAGAGGUGUCAGACUUUUUAUUGAUCUCUAUAUUAAUUAUAUUUUAAGUAAAGAUGUUCCUUAAACAUGCUAAGAGGAAACAAUGUUUUUCAAUUCCUUAAAAAUUGUUCAAAAGCUUUGAAUGACAUAAAUAUAUUAUCAAAAUGAUCCUUGAAAAGGUGACAUUCAUAAAAUGAGAAUCUUAGAUAGAUAUCACUCACAUUUGCAAAUACGGAAAAAUGAAAAUAUGAUCUUUACUGCAUCAAUUUUCUGAUCUAUAUGAAGUUUGUAAAAAUUGAAAUCCUAUAUUAUUAUUUAUUUGAUCUUAUCAUCAUGCCCACAAUUUGUAGCAUAAUUCUGCCCUUUUUUUAUUAUAAGACUUAGGUGCUAAUCUAAUACCAGCAUUUAUAUUGGACAAUCGUACACAACAUUUUACAUACAUUACUACAAUUUAUUGAUAUUAUUUUUAAUUACAUUCUCAAAAAUGGGUUUUUGUAAGACAAGAGAUAACAGCAUUUGUUAACCUGCACUUCAAUUAAUUAGUAAUAUGCGCCAUGCCAAAACGAAUAGCUUGAUAGGACAUGACCUGUGGAUUUAGAGUAUUCAAAAUGGAAUUGGUUGUUUGUUUAUAUGACAAAUGUCAUGCGAUGGAUAUUGGAUUAUUGGUUUAUAUGAUAGAUAUUCUACUUCAGAUUAAUCAAAUAAGCACAAUAGGCAUUUAAAACAAGUUAUCUCCUGUAUUGAAGGUACAUUUUUGGUUAUGCAAAUCGCACAUUCUAAAACUUCAAUCAGGUGUCAUUUAUAAAUGGUUACUAUAAUCUCCAAUCACUGGUUACUAGUAUGACACAGUCUUUCAAUGGAAUCCAUCUUUAAAUUGCACAGAUCUCAUUGCAAUAAAUUCUGAUAUAAACAAUAUACAUUCAAUUAACAACUUAAUGUAUGGUAUUGUAUUUUUUUCUGUUUUUUUGUUUGCUUAUUUUUUAAAUGAGUGUAUAAUAUUAUCUUUGUUUUAGUAUUGUUUUGUUGUUUUUUUGAUUGAUUGAAUAGUAUAAGAACUUUCUGUUUUGUUUUAUUAAAGUUGUUUUGUAGUUAAAGCUGAAUAUUUUAGUGUUUCGAUUGCUAAAGUUCGUACCAAUAGAUUGAUCGUGUCAGAUCUUCAGAUCCAGAAUGACCUAUAUCAGACAGCCAUAUUCCUCAGAAUCUCAUAAUCUGAUUUACUUGAAGAUUCUUGCAGACUAGAUUCUUAAAAAGCCCACCAAAUAUUUGGAAGAUUUUCCUAGGCCAACUGCCCUCUGCUAAAAAUUAAAAUUAUCUACUCCAGUUAUUUCAUUAAAAGAAAUAAUGUUUUUGCUCAGUUCUCCCCAAAAAAUUCUUGAAGUUUGCAUCUAGGAGAGUUCCUACAAAAUUUGGCCGUUUUUUAGGCCCGAAUUUUGUUUAAUAUCGUUAGUUUGGAAGGUUUGUAGAAACUUAUAGAGAAUAUCUUACCAUGUUUUCUAGUUCAGAAUUUUUACAUAGUGAAAAGUUGUUAUAGAAUAAUGUAUUCAACCACCUGUUUGCUCUUGAGUGUACUGUUGGUAUACUGGGGACAUGUUACACAUUUUCAGUUAAAUCUCCAGAAAAGAUGGGAGACCAAGGAGACUUGGCUGCAAAUCUGAAUUUACACAAAAAUAACCACUUUUAAAUUCUGUCAAUGGCAUUUAGUAAAUGAAUUGGAUAGAUACACAGGACAUGAUUUGAUUGACAAAGACUUUUAGAAUCCUAGUUUCUCAGUACCAUUAAUAAAACAUUAAUGUAUUCAAUAGAAUUGUCAUGUAAUUUUGAAUGACAGUUUGAUUUUUGACAAGUCCCUAAAUCGAUAAGAUUCUAUUACAUCUACUAUUAUUGUAUAGUUUUAUUAAAAUGACAAGGCACGCUGAUAGUGAAUACCGGUACACAGAAAACGUAAAUCCAGUUAAUCUUUGUUCUGAAUAUUAUUUUAGUGUUGUGUUAGCCAAAUGUUAACAAUCUGCAUUCCCUUUCCUAUUCUUUGCAUUAUUUAUGCUCAGCAAAAUCGUAAUGGCACAAUAUAUAGCAAUAUUAGUACAAUUAUUGUGUUUGAUUAUAAUAUGUACUCUAUAUAACUUUUAUUGAAAUCAUAAAAUCACAGCAUUAUUUAAAUCUUACAACAUGAACGUUUUAUAACAACCCAUUAAAUGUUAGCAAUGCAUUUAUUUUAAUUUUAUACAAUUUUCAUCUUUUGUUGAAUUUGUUAAUUUGAGAUGUCUAAAUAGAAUUAUUUAUUAUUCAAUGAUGGCAAUUGCCACAUAUAGAAAAUAUAAAAAAUAAUGGACUAGGAGAAAAUGUAAAUGGCAUAUUACAGAUUAGAUUGCUCCAGUGACCAUAUAUAGAGAGAGUCUGGCAAAUGAUCAUUUUGAAACAAAAUGUGAUUUAUUGUCAUACUUUGAUGCACCGACUGUGCUAAUAAAGAUGAUCAUAUGUAAGAAAUUUUGCCCGGACAGCCGAACUACGGCCUUCUCUUAUUUCGGAUUCCAACUUUAACAUGCACACCAGUGUGCACAGGAGUUUGGCCCAUCUGAAAGAAACCUGCUUGUUAGUGAGCUAGCAUCUUACUGAGACACCAUUGCUACCCCAAAAUUAGAAUAAAAUAAAAAUAAAAUAAUGAGUCUGUGAAGAGAAUUAUAGUUCUGCAUAACAUAAAAGUGGUUUAAAUGAUGGAACUGAAAGAAUUACUAAUUACAUAGCAAUGUUGUUACAACAGUUGACCAGACUCCCUGUAUAUGGCUCUACAUAGCAUGCCGUAUUGUUGAUCAAUUUAUGACUCGCCGAAAAUAUAUUGUGUGAACAUUUUCAUAAUUUCAUAUAUAAAUGUUAGAUAAAAUAUAUUUGCACAAAUGAUAAACUGCUUGUGUGAAUUUCCUUCAUGAAUGUAAGUGAUUACUUGGUGUUGUGACAAGGCCUAUUUAUGCCAUAGUGGACUAAAAAUGUGUAAUGAAGUUAAUGAAAUCUAUGAUUAGUAUUUAACCAAAUAUCUAUAUAUAACUUAAUUGUAUAUUUAUUCUCUGAAAUGUUGCUGUUUAUAAGAUUUAAACUUGCAAACAACAGAAGUUUAUUGUCCAUAAACAUAUGAAAUUUCAAUUUCAGUUCUUACUUAUUCUUCAAUAAUUUGUAAAGUUAUCACUCUUUGGUAUAUGGAUAUAUCUUUGAAAUUAGUUGUUUAAUCAUCUACAUGUUUUGUAUAGUUUGGGGACUUUUUGUGAAACAUCUUUCCGCUUUAGAUUAAGUUGUAUGGCACACUGUACCAGCCAAAAUAUUACAUCUGUGGCAUAAUGUAUAACAAUAAAUUAAUGCAAGCAAGAAAUUAAAGUUUAUUUGCUACAUAUCCCAGUCAUAUUAUUUUCAAUAAGCAUUUCUGUUCUCAACCCCCCCCCCCCCAAAAAAAAGCAUGGCAUAGUUGUCCCAUAAAUCAGUGGUAUUGUCAAAUACUUCACCCAUUAGUAAAAUCAACAGUGAUUAAUCAGAUGGGAGGCUAAUCAAUGUUAAUUGGUAAAUGGCAUCGUAAAGAGGAUGAAGUCGAGCAUUAUAAGCACUUGACUUGAAUCUUGGCAUAUGCCAAACUCCUUCUGGGCCCUGUUUCACGAAAUUUUAACUAAAGAUAAAAACCAAAUUUUAGUAGAUACUUCAAUUUUGAUUAGCUAAGCACUAAAAUCAAUCUAAUAUUAUCCAAUCAAAUUACCAAAAUUUGGAUUUUAUCUUAGAUAAAAUUUUGUGAAACAGGCCUCUGGUUGCAUUAAUCUUUUAUCUUAUAGUAGUAUCCAUACAGCUAAAUCUACUGCUGUUUCAUAUUUCACAAAAAAACCUUUUGAAUAGAUGUAUUAUUAUAUAUAAUAUACAAGAGUUGAUAUAUUUAUGCUUAGAUAUUGUUUUAAUAUUGGAAGUUAUUGGCAGAAUCAGUGCUUAAUGUCUGUUAGUAUGUGCGUAAACCUGAUAAUAAAUUCACUAACUUUUAAAAUGAUGUUCAACGCUUAAGAAGUUGAAUAGCAAAUGUUUAAAAGAUUUCGUUUUAGAUUAUCAAUUAGCAGGAGAUGAAAUUAUUAAAAGACAUUGUAUGUGAUAGUUUGUGAUUAUCAAUGCAAUAAUCCGAAGGCAACUGGGACCACACAUAAAUACAUAAAUUGGAGAGCAGUAACAUUGUUGCCCAGAUUUAUCUGUGAAUAUUGUCCAUAAAAUUACUGAUUCCUGAUUACUAUUUAUCCUCAAUGUAUCUCUGGAUACAUUUGUGGGUUCCUCCUCCUUUAACCCCUCUAGAUUAAUACACAUAUGCAUUAACAUAUAAGCACCCACCUGGCGAUUUUAUUUUGUAUGAACAGAACACAAAUUCUUUCAACAACAUUUUCUUUGCUAACCAACAACUUUGGCAUAAUACACAUCUGAUCAUUUCAUCCCAUAUCCAACAAAUGUGUUAUUGUGUUGAAACUCGUAUAUGACAAGGGUCAUUCUCGGUACCCCCAGUUGUAUUGUUCCAUUCUGCUGCACAAUACCCUGGGUCCAUUCAUGGGAGAGACACAGUAAAAUUAUCUGCCCUUGAUAGGGAAGUAAAUCGCAUUGUAUUGUAACUGAGAUAAUUGUAGUGAACAUAAACAAUGACGCUAAGACUGGUAUGUAAACUGAUUUUUGAUUGGUUCGAAGAAUCAACCUACGAUUAAGAGCAGAUAUUUGUGAAAACCUUUUGAAUGAACCCAGGGUAUAGUAGAGUAUAACGGAACAAUAUCACGGGGUUUAUAAGGAUUGACAAUGGUAUGGUAUAUCAGGUUUAAGCACAGACCAACAGAC